AUGUCGAUCGGCAAACUACUAUCCAACGGAGCCCUCCUCGUCGACGUGCUCAUCAUCGGCGCCGGUCCGGCUGGUCUCUCGGCAGCCACUGGCCUCGCUCGUCAACUACACACGGCUGUCGUCUUCGACUCUGGCGUGUAUCGCAAUGCGAAGACCCAACACAUGCACAAUGUCCUCGGAUGGGACCACCGCAACCCCGCCGAGCUGCGCGCCGCAGGUCGCGCCGACCUGACCAACCGCUACUCCACCAUCCAAUUCCAGAACAGCACCAUCGAGGCGAUCAGGCAGAUUGAGACCCACCAGCUGUUUGAGGCGCGCGACAGCGAAGGCCACAGCUGGUACGGUCGCAAGGUCGUGCUGGCGACCGGCGUCCGAGACAUCCCCCUCGACAUUGAGGGAUACUCGGAGUGCUGGGCGAACGGUAUCUACCACUGUCUCUUCUGCGACGGCUACGAGGAACGUGGCCAGGAGACCGCGGGUGUCCUUGCUCUGGGGCCCAUCGCGAACCCUCCGCGCGCUCUGCAUUUGGCUCGCAUGGCCAACCGGCUUUCCGAGUCUGUCACGGUCUAUACGAAUGGCAAUGAGCAGCUGGCGAAGGAGAUCCAGCAGGCUGCAGAGGAAUCCCCUGCUGGCGCCUCGUGGCUGAAAUUCGAUGCUCGACCCAUCAAGCAAUUCGAAAAGGGCGAUGUCGCCAAGACCGUCAUUGUUCAUUUUGGGGAGUCUGAGUCGAAAACAGAGGGCUUUUUGGUGUACAACCCCCAAACCGAGGUGAACGGACCGUUUGCCAAGCAGCUCGCCUUGAAUAUGACAGAAGGAGGGGAUAUCCUGACCACGCCUCCCUUCCAUGAGACCAGUGUGCCUGGAGUAUUUGCCGUGGGGGACUGUGCCACGCCGUUAAAGGCUGUCACCCCGGCGGUGGCGAUGGGAUCUUUGGCUGCUGGAGGUCUAGUGGCUCAGUUGCAGGCUCAGUCAUUGCCGGAGUUUCGUCUCGAUCAGGAGCUAUAG